CCUCAGGGAUGGCUCUUCAGGAUGUGUGCAAGUGGCAGGCCCUUGACACUCUCAGACCAUCCAUUCGUGUGCCUCAGGCUGGUGGCUGGGCUGUACCCCGGGGCUGUGACCCUCAAACCUUCCUGCAGAUCUAUGGCCCCAGGCUGGCUCAUGGCACCACCACCCUGGCUUUUCGAUUCCGUCAUGGUGUCAUCGCUGCGGCUGACACUCGUUCCUCCUGUGGCAGCUAUGUGGCAUGUCCGGCCUCACGAAAGGUCAUCCCUGUGCACCAGCGUCUUCUGGGUACCACCUCUGGGACCUCUGCUGACUGUGCCACAUGGUACCGGGUGCUAAGGCGGGAGCUGCGGCUUCGAGAACUGAGGGAAGGCCAGCUGCCCAGUGUGGCUGGCACAGCCAAACUCUUGUCAGCUAUGAUGUCCCGCUAUCGUGGUCUGGAUUUAUGUGUGGCCACUGCUCUGUGUGGCUGGGAUCACUCUGGCCCUGCUCUCUUCUAUGUCUACAGCGAUGGCACUUGUCUGCAGGGGGAUAUCUUCUCGGUGGGCUCUGGAUCUCCCUAUGCCUAUGGUGUGCUUGACCGUAGCUACCACUAUGACAUGACCAUCCAGGAAGCCUACACCCUGGCCCGCUGUGCCGUGGCCCAUGCCACUCACCGUGAUGCUUACUCAGGGGGCUCAGUGGACCUUUUCCAUGUUCGAGAGAGUGGAUGGGAGUACGUAUCCCGCAGUGAUGUCUGUGUGCUGUAUAGGGAGCUGAAGAAAGCUCGGGGCUUGGAGCAGGAGGAGCUGGAGGCAAAAGCUGAAGUCCAUCUUGAGCCUGCCAUGCCACAAGAUGCUCCAGAAAGUGGGGAACUCUUUGUGGAGCUAGAGGAGGUGACACCAGAAGAUUGCAAGAUAAUUGUGAAGACCGAAACAAUGUAAGAAAGGACAGAACUUGGGGAGUGCUGGGACAGGGUGGCUAGGGAAUGAGGCUGCCUUGGCAGGGUUAGUUCUGGGAGCAGCCUUAGGCAUCUGGCUCUGCCCCUUCUGGGUUGCCUGCUUUGUUUACAUCCCCAUCCUCCUCUCUGUCUCCCAGAGCUCUGUCCAACAUGUUCUGAUGAUGCCCAAUGGAUGGUCUAGCCUCAUUCUGCCUCUAAAGUGACUCAACAAACACUCCUUGCGUGCCAACUCUCA